AUGGCAAGAAAUGACUUCAAAGAAUUGAAAACACGCAAGGACUUGGAACGUCAACUGAAAGCUGUGAUUGCAAUUCAGAGUGUUGCAAGGGGCUAUCUGGCUCGUCGUUCGUUCCAGUUACUGAAAGAAGAGUGCGAAAAAAGGCGUAGGGCAGCAAUCGUAAUACAGAGUUAUAUGAGAGGUUGGGUGGCGCGUUGUGCCUACCAAAAGUUGAAAGCACAAAGGGAUUGGGAACGCAAAACUCAAGCAGUGAUUGCGAUACAG